GGGCUGGAAAAUCCCUCUCCAUGAAAAUCUCAGUUCCCUCUCCAUGAAAAUCCCAGUUCCCUCUCCAUGAAAAUCCCAGUUCCCUCUCCUCCCGGCGCUGGAAUUCCAGCUAGGAACAGGGAAUUGUCCCUUCCCGCAGCCCGGGUUCAGAUCCAGGGAUUUGAGCGCCGCCGCUGCCAGAACCAGCCUGGCCCUGCUGCUCCAGCCGGGAAUUCUGCCAGGAAUGCUGCCGGGAAUUCUGCCGGGAGCGCCGCUUCCCCCUCGGGAUGCGCCGCUUUUCCUGCGGGAAUGACCCCAAACCCCGGGCCCGGGGGAGAGGAGCCGCUCCCGGGUAAAUCCCGGAGGAAUUCGGGAUGGAAGCCGCGCGUGCGGAGGGAGCCGCUGGAAUUCUUCGCUCCCAGGGUGCUUCUGGGAUUUGGAGCCCCCCAAACCUGGAUUUGGGAUUUGGAGCCGCCCCCCGCCGGGCACGUGGAGGUUUUGCACCUCGAAAUUGGGGAGUGUUUCCUAAAUCCAGUUUUCUGGCGACCGCGGCAGGACUCCGAAGGCAGCUGGGGCGGUUCGCGUUUCGAUCCACUCCACGCCGGCACCGAGGGAUUCUCGGGAAGUCAUCGGCUCGUGCCCGACCCCUGCGCCUGGCGGACGACUGCGAAAGGUAAGCCCGAAGGUGCUUUAUUUUCCUGGUUUGGGUGCCUGCCCAUAAGCCGAGGUGGCAAUCCUCGCCGGGUUGGGCUAAGACGUCUGGUUGGUCUGGGAAGCCUCGGCGCCGGCUGUCAGACGCGGCGAAAGCUGCGCAGGUCCGGCACUUGCCCCUCGCGGCGUCGAGAAGCGGCAAGUUGGUAUUGGUCUGGUAUUUAUUCUGGUAUUUAUUUUGCUGUGUGAAUGUGAGUAUGUGGUAUGAUUGAUUUGUUGAACUGUCAAUAUUGACUGGGGUUAUUAUUGUUUUGUACGCUGCUGCAUAUUAGUUGUUGUUGAGUUGUUGUACAGCUGUAGGUGAAACCGGUUCAAAAUGCCAUUUAGAGCUCUUAAGUCUAUGGUUCAGUUCUCUAAGGGUAUACCUGAAAAUACUCCGUUAGGAUGUUUAUUGAAAAGGUGGAAGAGUGAAAGGUUUUUCCAAGAGAUGAAUAAAGACAAAAUGAUUGAAUAUUGUAAUCAUUGGUGGCCAGAAUAUGAGCGAGAGGGGCCGGCAUGGCCAGAAAAUGGUACUGUGGAUUAUGAUACCCUGAAUGCACUAAUGCAGUAUUUAAAGGAAAAUGAAAAAUGGGAUGAAGUACAGUAUUUGGACUUGUUUUAUUUACUGCGCAGUAAAAAGGAGUGGCAGACUGAAUGUGGAAUAAUGGUAUUGGAGAUGAAAGAAUCUGGGUGUGGGAGCUGUAGAGGGAGAUCUAAAUGUGUUCAGUGCUUAGCCUUAACCUCUCGACCAGAGGAGGAUUUGUCUUUAAUGGUGUCACCCGGAGCGCCGUCCGCCCCACCCUCCCCUGCUGCCUCAGCACCCCCUGCCGCCUCGGUGUCCCCUGCCGCCUCGGUGUCCCCUGCUGCCUCAGCAUCCUCUGCUGUCACCUCCUUCCGCUGUUUCACCCCUCCCCUCUGUUUCACCCUAUUCCUCUUUGUGUCCGCCGGUGCCGGAGAGCAGUGCAGGGGAGGAAGGGGAGGGGGGGCAGGACAAAGGAGGCAAACAUAACAGUAGUACCAGGGAAUGCUAAAAAAGUUGUUGUGCGUCCCCCAACACCUUCCCCUGUUUCUCCCCAAAAUCGGUGAAAUACUCCACUCGCGGCACGAACUAGGCAAGGACGUAAGAAUCCCAGGGAACCCCAGCUCAUUGCCCCUUUAAGGGAAGCUAUGGAGCCCCAAGGAGAGAAGGUGCUCGUGAAAGUGCCUUUCUCCCCAGGAGAUCUGGUGAUUUGGAAACAGUCAGCAGGGAGUUACCGUGAGAAUCCUGAAAGAGUAGCACGGGUGGUUGGGAUGAUUGUUAAAACACAGAAUCCAGAUUGGAUCGAUGUGCAGGUUUUGUUGGACACCCUGGUGGACUCCACCGAAGGGGAGAUGGUGCUGCGGGCAAUGGAGGAGCGUGCUCGGGGGGUGGUCGGGCUGCAUCCAGGCAGAGGAGCUUUGGGAGACUUGGUGCCCAGUGAUGAUCCAGGGUAAGAUCCGAAUGAAAAUGAAGGAAAGGAAUCUAUCAGAGAAUAUCAGGAGUUGUUAGUGGAAAGAAUUAGGACUGGAAUGCCCAAAACACUAAACUGGUCAAAAUUGUAUUCAGUGAGACAAGAUAAGAAUGAAUCACCCUCGGCAUUUUUAGAACGACUUAAAGAAACAGCCAGGCAAUUCACAGAUUUGGAAAUUGAUAGUGAAGCAGGAAAAUUGCAGCUUGCCUUAAUCUUUUUAGGUCAGACCCAGGAAGAUAUUCGUAAGAAACUGCAGAAAUUAGAGAGACAGGAUACUCGGGAUUUGGAUAAAAUGCUAGAAAUAGCUUGGAAGGUUUACAAUAACAGAGAAAAAGAAGCUAACAAAAAGCAACAAGCGAGCCUGUUGGCAGUGCUGCAGCAAACGAACGCUGGGAGAGGAAGGGGUAGAGGUGGUUUCGGGCAAGGGCGAGAGCAAGGAAGGGCAGGAUUUCAAAAAAUGGGAACAGGAGGAAGAGGGAUGGUUUCCCCAGGACUCCAACAGGAGGGGCUUGCCUCUAAUCAAUGUGCUUUCUGCCGACAAAUAGGACAUUGGAAAAAUGAGUGUCCUGUGAAAGCUGGGCUGGGAGGGGUAUCUGGUAAUUCAGGGGGUUACCCGAUGAAUCCAGAAGGGGUUGCCCAAGCAUUGGUGUUGAGCAACUAUCAGAAUCAGAGCUGACUAGAGGAAGGUCUGACUGUGGUGCUUGAAGUUGAUGGGAAAAAGGAAGCAUUUACAGUGGAUACGGGCGCUACCCAUUCUGUUCUGAAUAAACGGUUAGGACCUUUGAGUGACACUACCAUACAAGCAGUGGGGGCAACAGGACAAGUAGAAGAAAGACCCUUUUUGCAGCCUUCACACUUAAGAUUUGGAGGAAAAGAAUGGGAUCACCAAUUUUUAUAUAUGCCCAACUCCCCUAAACAUCUUUUCGGGAGAGACUUACUGUCAUUUUUGAAUGUCAAGAUAUCCUUUGAUCAAGGGAGGGUGAAAUUAGAAUUCCCAGAAAAGGAGAUUGCUAAGCUUUUUGUGAUUAGAGAAGUAGACCCCUCUCCAAUACCUAAAGAAAUUGAAGAUGCAGUAGUUCCCUGGGUAUGGGAAACAAGAAAUCCAGGACGGUCCAAAGCAGCGGAGCCGGUAGUGGUAGAACUAAAAGAAGGGCAAAACCAGUCAGGGUAAAACAAUAUCCAAUUAAAUUGGAAGCAAGAAAAGGGGUAGCACCUUUGAUCACUCAGUUCCUAGCCCAAGGAAUUUUACAAGAGAGUGAGUCAGAAUACAACACUCCAAUUUUUCCCGUACAAAAACCAAAUGGUAAGUACAGGUUAGUACAAGAUUUGAGAGCUAUUAAUGAAAUAGUAAAGGACAUUCACCCAGUGGUGGCUAACCCGUACACAUUGUUAACAUCUGUGUCCGAAAGAUUUAAAUGGUUUUCUGUGAUUGAUCUCAAAGAUGCAUUCUUCUGCAUCCCUCUGGCAUUGGAAAGCAGAAAACAUUUUGCAUUCGAAUGGGAGAGUCCCGACACUGGAAGAAAGAGACAGCUCACCUGGUCUCGGCUGCCUCAAGGUUUCAAAAACAGUCCUACGAUAUUUGGAAAUCAGCUGGCAAAGGAAUUGGAAGUAUAGAAGACAACGGAGGUAAGAGAAUCUCCUUUCUCUUAUGUAGUAUUGCAGUAUGUGGAUGAUAUCUUUCUAGCAACAGAAGAACAAGAAAUUUGCCUCCGGUUGACAAUUGCACUGUUGAACAUGCUAGGCCAAGCUGGCUACCGGGUAUCAAAGGAGAAGGCCCAGCUGGUGAAACAAAGUGUUAUUUACCUGGGAUGUGAAAUUACACAGGGUCAGAGAAAAUUAGGAAUCAAUCGAGUAGAAGCUCUCUGUGCUAUACCCCAGCCGAGGAACCACCACGAACUGAGGUCCUUUUUAGGAAUGGUAGGAUGGUGCAGGCUGUGGAUUUUGAAUUUUGGGCUCUUAGCUAAGCCCUUAUAUGAGGCCCUGAAAGAACCGCAGCUACACUGGGACCGACAAAGAAAAAAGGCUUUUGAAGACUUAAAACAGGCCUUGAAAGAAGCCCCUGCGUUAGGCCUCCCAGAUCUCAACAAAGAUUUUCAGUUAUAUGUGAAUGAAAGGCAAAAAUUAGCACUUGGGGUGCUGGCUCAGAGACUCGGAUCCUGGAAACGCCCGGUGGGGUAUUUCUCGAAGCAACUGGACCCAGUUAGUGCUGGAUGGCCGUCAUGCUUGCGGGCAGUUACGGCCACAGUGAUCCUCAUCCAGGAGGCCAGAAAAUUGACUUUGGGGAGGAAAAUAGAGGUAUUUGUGCCUCACAUGGUACUGGCAGUUCUGGAACAAAAGGGGGGUCACUGGCUUUCGUCCAGCAGGAUGCUGCAAUACCAAGCCAUCCUGAGAGAACAGGACGAUGUGGAGCUGAAAAUGACUGAUCAUGUUAACCCAGCAGAAUUUCUCCGCAGUGAGCAGGAAGAAGGAGAACUGGCACAUGAUUGCAUGGAAGGGAUUGAGCAGGUGCAUGCUAGCAGAAUCGAUUUAAAGGACACCCCAAUGGAGGACCCGGACUGGGAAUUGUUUACUGAUGGAUCCAGUUUUGUGGAGAACGGAACCAGGUAUGCAGGGUAUGCUGUAACAACAGUAAAAACCGUGGUAGAGGCAAAAGCCUUGACUCCCGGAACCUCAGCCCAACGAGCAGAAAUUAUUGCAUUAACAAGAGCUUUAGAAUUAAGCAAGGAGAAAAAAGUGAACGUUUGGACUGAUUCCAAAUGUGCCUUCAGAGUCGUCCACAUUCAUGGAGCUUUGUGGAAAGAACGAGGGUUGUUGAACUCUCAGGGAGUUACUAUCAAAUAUAAAACUGAAAUUCUUGCUCUACUGGAUGCAGUCCACCAACCUGUGAAGGUGGCGGUGAUGCAUGUUAGAGGACAUCAGAAGGAAGAAGGAAAAAUUUACGAAGGGAACCGGAUGGCAGACUGGACAGCCCGAGAUGUAGCCAGACAAGUAUGGACUCAGAUGGCCCUGAUACCAACUAAGGUGAGCCCAGUAACCCCACAUCUAUUGCAGGAACCAAAGUACUCUCCAGACGAUGAAAAACUGGCAUCAUUGCUGCUAGCCCAAAGAAAUGCAACCGGAUGGUCUGUAACAGGAACGGGACAAGUUGUAGUGCCUGCCAGAAUCAUGAAGGCAAUCCUGGAAACAGAACAUCAUAAAUGCCACUGGGGAGCGGAAGCAUUGGUAAAAUUUCUAAAAGGAGAAGUGAUUUCUAACCAGAUGUUAACAUUGGCAAAACGGGUAAAUGGCAUGUGUCCAAUUUGUUUAAAGAAUAACCCAAUAGUUAGAAAACAGAUUCAGCUAGGGAAAUUGCAGAUGGGACCAGAACCAGGAGAUUACUGGCAAGUGGAUUUUUCAGAGUUACCAAAAGCGCAGAAUUACAAAUAUCUUUUAGUGUAUGUAUGCACCUUUUCAGGCUGGCCUGAAGCCUUCCCUUGCCGAACAAAUCAAGCAAAAGAAGUGGUCAAAACACUGUUGAGGGAAAUCAUUCCAAGAUUCGGGGUGCCGUUAGGACUGUCAUCAGAUAGAGGCCCACAUUUUAUAACAGGAAUUGUACAAGAAGUGGCCAGGGUACUAAACAUAUCCUGGAACCUACACACCCCAUGGCCACCUCAAUCUAGUGGCCAGGUAGAGCAGAUGAAUCAAACAAUCAAAGGACAAAUUAAGAAAAUUUGCCAAGAGGCAAAAAUACAGUGGCCACAGGCAUUGCCGUUAGCAUUGCUCAGAGUUAGAAUCAAACCCAGAGAGCGGGUGGGAGUUAGAACAUAUGAAAUUCUAUACAGGAAACCAUAACCCUGCUACUGUGUUAAAAGGGGAUCUGCAUGUGCAAGGUGAUCAGACAAUAUUCAGUUAUGUCAUGUCAUUAAAUAAAAUCCUUAAUGCCUUAAGGGGAACUCUGCAAUAGAACCGACCUAUGCCACUGGAGAAUCCGGUGCAUGACAUUCAACCAGUAGAAAAAGAUAUCUCUCAAUUAGAAAUCAUUGAAUCCAAAACAAAAGAUAUUGAAAAGGAAGCACAACAUAAUUGGAUCGGAGAAAUUUUUGAAUCUUUAGGGCUUCAGGUUUCUGGAUGGGUUUCAUCUGUAAUACAGUACAUUUUGUUGAUUGUAAUUCUGUUAUUAAUUGUUUGGCUAGUAUAUAAGUGUGUUUUAGGAGUCAUCGAGAAAGAAACAAAACGUACCAGAAGAGUGAUGAAAGCCUUGACAAGAACCAACGAGAUGCAACUGUCUCACUUGACUCCCCCGAAAUAUGAAGAUGUCAUUAGGCGAGAGAACUCAGCAUUUGAAAGACCCGAUGACGACUGAGAAUUGAGCAUCCUUGCAGAAGACUGAAGAAUGCUCAAAAGGGGGGAAGUUGUUGCCAUUUGAUUAAAAUAAACUGUAUUUAGCUAGUAGAGAACCUUAUAGUUGACAUUAGUAGUCGUAGUCAUGCUAAGGCUUGGUAGGCCGUGUGUAACCUGCAGAUGAACUUUAUGGUGAAACUUGUCAUGUAAGCAGUGUAGCUAAGAGAUAAUCACUUAUCUAAGGAAUGUACUUUUUGGCAGGAACCUAAAUGUCAAGAAGAUAGUAGUACCAGGUGUUAAAAUUAAGAUUUUGUUGCGAUGAAGAAAUCAUGUAAAGAAACAUAUAAAAACCCGGUGAAAUUUCUGUGAGAUGGGGCUCUGAUCUUGGACGCUAGUCCACGGCUCCCAGGGCCCUCAAUAAAGCACCGCAUAAACGACCUCGGUUGUUUGUGUUUUCCUCGGAUCGGGCAACAUGUCCAGCAGGC